UUAACCUGUUACUUUGUCUUGAUUCAUGAAGUUUCCCUUGAUGACUCUAAGUGGCAAGAUCCGAAAAAUGGUUGCUGAUGCCAAGGUUUCAACCGUUUCGAGCUUGGAACUCCUCAAUUUCCCAGGGGGACACCAAACAUUUGAACUAGCCAUGAAGUUUUGCUAUGGCAUGAAUUUUGAGAUCACUACAUUCAAUGUUACGAGGCUACGCUGCGCUGCUGAGUACCUUGAAAUGACAGAGGAAUACAAAGACCAAAACCUCAUCUCAAGAACAGAAUCUUAUCUGAAAGACAUUGUUUUUCAAGAUCUUCAGAAAUCAGUGGAAGUUUUAUCCACCUGUGAGAUGUUACCACCACUAGUGGAGCAGAUUGAAAUUCCAAGAAGGUGUGUGGAAUCCAUAGCAAUGAAUGCAUGCAAGGAGCAGCUAGCUUCUGGUUUAUCUCGGCUAGAGUGCGACGGCGAGUCCAGAGAGCUAAAGGAGGAUUGUGUCAUUGCAUGGUGGGUCGAGGAUCUAUCGGUCUUGGGCAUCGAUUUCUUCCAACGAGUUAUAUGCGCCAUGGGGAGAAUGGGAGUUAGAUCAGAGAGCAUCAUGGCUUCACUUAUGCAUUAUGCUCAAUCAUCACUCAAGGGUAUUGGUAAAAGCCAGUUCUUGAAUCCUUCCAGGGCGAAUUCGAGUCCAACAACAAUGGAAUUGGACCAGAGGACUAUUGUGGAAACUCUUGUGAGUCUCAUGCCAGCAGAUAAAAACUCUUCAAUUCCACUGACAUUUAUGUUUGGAAUGUUGAAGAUGGCUAUCAUUUUGGGUGCAGCAAUUCCAUGUAGGCUUGAACUUGAAAGGAGGAUCUCAUUGAGGUUGGAAACGGUUUCGCUCGAUGACCUUCUCAUACCGUCUCUGCAGAGUGGAGACUCCUUGUUUGAUGUUGAUACAGUUCACAGGUUGCUGGAGAAUUUCUUGCAGCGGAUUGAGGAGGAAGAAGCUGAUGAUUAUGGAUAUGAUUCCGAUGGUUUCGGCUCAACUAGUAGCCAUGGUUCUCUGCUAAAAGUAGGGCAGCUUAUUGAUGCUUAUCUUGCAGAAAUUGCAACCGAUCCUUACUUAAGCAUGCAGAAAUUUGUUGGUUUGAUUGAGAUACUACCUGAGUAUGCUCGUGUAAUUGAUGAUGGACUUUAUAGAGCUGUGGAUAUUUAUCUCAAGGCUCAUCCAGCUCUAACAGAACAAGAAUGCAAGAAGAUUUGCAAGUUUAUAGAUUGUCAGAAACUGUCUCAAGAAGCAUGCAACCAUGCUGCACAGAAUGAUAGACUUCCACUGCAGAUGGUGGUGCAAGUCCUGUACUGCGAGCAACUACGGUUGAAGAAUGCAGUGUCAGGGAGUUCAGGAGAUGGUCUAUUGUCACAGAGAAUAAGCAGUGGCAUUCCAAGUGCUGCUAUGUCCCCAAGAGAUAACUACGCUUCUCUGCGAAGAGAGAACCGGGAGCUGAAGCUUGAGAUUUCAAGGAUGAGGGUGAGGCUAAGUGAGUUAGAGAAAGAGCAGAUGUUCAUGAAACAAGGCAUGAUUGAUAAAGCAGGAAAUGGAAGAACAUUCUUGACCUCCCUCUCCAAAGGGAUAGGGAGAAUUGGGAUUUUCAGCAGUCAAGGUGGCAGAAAGUGCCAAAAAUCAAGUAGGAAGUCUAGGGCUUCAGAGGGAAAAAGAAGUAGGAAAUAUUCUGUCUCAUAGAUAUUCUUCUUCUGCAUAGUUGAGCCUUUUACAGCGUCAUGUGCUCUAACCUUUCAGUUCAGGUGAUCACAAAGUGUAAAUAAGUUGGUCCCAAAUUUUUCUCUGCCUUUGAUAAUUAGUCUUGGCAGUUGAACUUGAAUGUCCUAAC